GACAGACUUCAAACUUGAUGACACACUUAAUGUAAUCAAAUCAAACAAAAAUUUCUUUAAAGUUUAAACAUAUUAUAUAUCUAAUUUUUUGGAAAUGUCUUUGAUUGGAAAAUUACAAGACGAAAAUAUACCAUUGGCAGAUGAUGAUCCACAAGUAAUAAUUAAUGAUGAUGAUCAGAAAAUUCCUAACGGAAGGUCAAUGGACUCUUUACAAUCAUCGGAGUCAAAUGAAUCUAGUGUCUCUAUAGUUGACAUAAAUCCUGAUGAAAAGGAGGAAAAAGCUAGGCUUAUAUCACAAGUUCUUGAGUUGCAAAAUACCUUGGAUGACUUAUCACAACGCGUCGAUAGUGUGAAGGAAGAAAAUUUAAAAUUAAAAUCCGAAAAUCAGGUACUUGGGCAAUACAUUGAAAAUUUAAUGUCUGCCUCGUCUGUAUUUCAAUCAACAAGUCCUAACUCGAAAAAAAAAUAAUUCUAUUUGUUAGUAUGUAUAUUGUUUUAAACAAGAAUUGAAAAAAAAGACAAAUGCGUAAGCAUUUUCUAAAUUGCACGUUAUUGAAAUUGAAAACCACAUCUUUAGUACUUUUCAAAAGAGCAUAUCGAGAGAUAUUGUCAAGUGCUAGAUAGCUUUAAUGCAUAUUUGAUCAUAAAAAAUAUUUUAGUAAAGUUAUAAAUUUUGCUCUUGCAUCAUUGUUUUCCGUUUUAAGGCAUUAGUAUUACUCUAAGGCUUAAAUAAUUUUAGUACCUACUUCGCAAAUUAUAUUAUUUUAUAAACAAAAUAUAUCUUACUUAUCAAGAAAUAAUAAAAGUGAAUUUUAAAUGGAAUAA